AUGACUGCUUUCAUCGUGGAUUCAGUACGUCGCCUGCGCCGAAGGCCUCGCUGGGCAGCUCUUUUUAAUUUUGCCGUGAAAAAGCACAUCCCCCUCCUGGGCUUGGCUCUUCUAACGACCGUGGCCGCAAGUAUCGUGAUCCCAGUGUUCGCUAUCUUCCUCGGUCAAAUAUUCGAUGCUUUCACUUUGCUUGGGGGAGGUGAAGUUUCCAGCCAGGACCUGAUCCAAAAAACAGCAAAGGGUUGCAUCGAACUGGUGGUCCUUGGUGUCAUCGGAUGGUUCUGCAAUGGAAUCUACUUCACACUUUUUGUUGCUUUGGGGGAGCUACAGGUUGCAGAAGCUCGGAGGGAGCUAUUCGAAGGCUUGCUGCGAAGGGAUCAGGAAUGGUUUGAGACCCAGGAGGUCGGUGCAAAGGCAUUUCUGUCCACUUUGCAAUCUCAGCUUCAUGAAUUGCAGAUGGCAACCUCACAGCCCCUAGGACUAGUAUUACAAUAUUCCUUUCGAGCCCUCAUAUCCCUGGGUCUAGCAUUCUAUACCUCCUGGAGUCUUUCUCUUGUUACCCUGGCCGGAAUUCCGAUAUUUGCUAGUAUCAUCUCAAUACUGUCCUCCAGGAUGGAACCUCAAAUUAAGCAACAACAAGCCGAGCUGACGGGAGCUUCUAAGGUUGUCACCAACGCUACCAACGCAAUAGAUGCGGUCAAGUGCCUCAACGGACAGAAACUCGAACACCAGAACUUCGUGAAGAGGGUCGAUGAGGCUGCGUCCCACUAUGUCAAGCAAGCACGCCUCAACGCCUUGCAAAUCGCAGCAUUCCGAUUAAUGACCUUUGGCAUGUUCGUUCAAGGGUUUUGGUACGGAAGCAACCUGGCGGCUUCUGGAAAGCUUUCAUCCGGAGAAGUUCUGCGAACCUUCUGGGCCUGUUUGACAGCAGCCCAGUCCAUGGAAUUGGCACUUCCGCAGGUCAUCGUGAUAGAGAAAGGAGUGGUUGCGGCGGCUGCACUGAAGAAGACCAUUGACUUUCAAGACGCACCUCAUUCGGAGGAGAUGAAAGGCACGUCAUACCCGCGCUAUUGCGAAGGGGAUAUUGAGGUGCACAACCUUAACUUCUCGUACUCCUUUCAGCCUGACCGGUCAAUCCUCAAAUCUGUCCGUUUCUUCUUCCCGGCAGGAGACACAACGUUCGUGAUUGGGGAAAGUGGAUCUGGUAAAAGCACUCUGGGACAGCUUCUCGCACGGUUCUAUCUACCGACAUCCGGAGAAAUUCGCAUCGAUGGUACCCCCAUACAGAACCUGGAUAUCAAUUGGAUUAGAAACAACGUCACACUGGUUGAUCAACGGAGUGUUUUGUUCAACGAGUCCAUGUUCAUGAAUAUCGCAUUCAGGCGCCGUGAUUACAACGACAUGAAAAAAGAUGAUCUCAAAGACAGUAUCAAUCUGGCAAUGCUACAAAAUGUCAUCGAGAGCCUACCCAACGGGAUCGACACCCUGGCUGGUCCAGGGGGGAACUUCCUCAGUGGUGGCCAGAGACAAAGGGUGGCAAUUGCUCGGGCUAGGUUGAGAGAUACCCCGAUACUGAUCUUAGACGAGCCCACAAGUGCGCUGGACCACACGAAUCGUGUCGAAGUGAUGAAGGCUAUCCGAAAAUGGCGGAAAGGGAAAACGACCAUCAUCAUUACCCACGACCUCACGCAGAUCCGGGAGAAUGACUUUGUUUACAUCCUUGAUAAAGGAUCAGUUGCUCAGGCUGGAUACAGAUACCAGCUUAGCAAGGUGCCCGGCAACGAACAGCUGUUCCCAGAUGGCAAGAAAGACCGCAAUUCCGCAGGUACCUUGGUUCCGCAGGAAGACAAAAUUCUUGUUAGUCACAAGGUUGAACCACCCGGACUCUAUUCCGCAAUACGCCGUUCAAGCGUGGGCAUAGAUGGCAGGCGGAGACAUUCUCGAUCGAGUAUGUCGCAUGCGUUAGGUUCCCCUUGGGAUUUGCCUCUCACGGUCCGGUACAGUCUCGAUGUGAAAGACACAACCAGCACAAUUGAUAUGCCAGCGUACGAGCUUGAUGAUAUGCAAUCAUGUGGCACCAGCAAGGCCAGAUAUUCCCAUGUUUCUUAUUCUAACGACUAUCCUCCGAGGCCGGUUGAGGCAACAAUCCAAACCCAGUCAACAAGCUCGGUGAUGUGCCGUCGCAAACGCAAACAAGGCAACGCCACAUCGCUCACCCGAAUAAUGCUGACAAUUGUGCCAACACUGACGAGAAAACAGCGGCUCCUUCUGAUUAUUGGAUGUGUAUGCACUUUGGGGCAUGCCUCUACGACUCCUCUAUUCUCAUUCUUUCUAUCCCAGCUUCUGCAGACAUUUUACGACCCAAACUCCAGCUCCAUCAAGUGGGCGUUAGCUGUGCUAGGUGUUGCGGUGGGCGACGGAAUCAUCUCGUUCUUUAUGCACUAUUUCCUCGAGAUAUGCGGCCAGGCUUGGGUUGACUGUCUAAGGAAAAGAGGCUUUCGACGUGUGCUCGACCAGCCUAAGAAGUGGUUCGAUGAGGAAGGACAUGGCCCUUCUCAGCUGACGGCACACCUCACCUUGGAUGGAGAAGAAAUGCGAAAUAUCGUCAGUCGCUUCGGUUGCUUCGUUCUGGUCGCCGGUGCGGUCACUAUCAUGGCGGUUGUAUGGAGCGUCGUCGUUUGCUGGAAGCUUACAGCUGUCGCACUGGCCUGUGCACCGGUCAACUAUGCUAUCUCGAAGGGGUUCGAUGGCACGAGUGGACUGUGGGAGAAGAGGUGUGCCGAGGCCAAGAACCUCGCGUCAGAAGUGCUCAUCGAGAUGUUCUCGGAGAUUCGGACAGUGCGGACCUUGACUCUUGAGCCCUUUUUUCAUCGGAAACAUAUGAAUGCGGCGGCGAGGUGCGUGACUGCUGGCCUGAGAAAAGCAGUCUACACGGGGAUUCUGUUUGGCUUGGUAGAAGUCACUAUCAUAUUCGUCAGCGCUUUGAUCUUCUUCUACGGCGCGAUUUUGGUCUCAUACGAAGGGUUCACAGUCGAUAGCAUUUUGACCGUCUUCUCCAUGCUUCUUUUCAGCAUUGGCUACGCGGGCACCGUUUUAUCAUGGAUUCCACAAAUUAGUACUUCGCGAACAAUGGGCUCUCGACUCCUACAUCUUGCAAACCUUCCCGAGGGGAAGUCCCACGAGUACUCCGGAGACCUUGGCAUCGCCCGGACUGCCCCCGUGAGAAUCCAUAACUUGGAUUUCCACUACCCCUCGCGAUCGGACGCUCUUGUGCUGAAGCAUGUAUCGAUGGCCUUCCCCGAGGCUUCAUGCACGGCCAUCGUCGGACGUUCAGGGUCAGGGAAAUCGACCAUCGCGUCGCUACUCCUAUCCCUCUACGAGGUCCCAUUGUCCAGCGACAACAGGCCCACGGUCUCACUAGGAGGCAUUGACAUCCGGCGCUUGCACACACCAACUCUUCGGUCCUUAGUAGCGGUCGUUUCGCAGCAACCAACCCUAUUCCCGGGAACUAUUGAAGCUAAUAUCAGCUACGGAUUGGAUGAACGGUCCCCGCUGAACACACUACGUAAUGUCCGCGCUGCAGCCAAGGCCGCCGGCAUCGACGAUUUCAUUCUCUCGCUGCCUCAAGACUACGCCACCGUUAUCGGGGACGGCGGAGUCGGUCUUUCUGGGGGCCAGGCGCAGCGGGUGGUCAUUGCGCGGGCGCUCAUUCGACAACCACAGGUCUUGAUCCUCGACGAGGCCACGGCGAGUCUUGAUCCUGCCAGCGCGGCGGUGAUCCGACAGACUGUGCAGAGGCUGGUCGCGGCCCAAUUAGGGCUCACUGUUAUCAUCAUCACGCAUGCAAGGGAGAUGAUGGAGAUUGCGGAUAACAUCGUCGUUCUGGAGCAGGGUCGUGUCGUGGAAACGGGAUCGUACAAGGCACUUGUCGCCCGGCCAGGAGGCAGUCUGAGGACAUUGGUAGACGGCCAAAACUCAGAACACAAGUGA